AUGUUCAAAAUUGUUUAUUUCAUAGCUGGUCUGUUAGUUAGAAAAUUAAUUCCCAACACAUCUACUGGAAAAAUUAAAAAUUUUGAACCUGUUAAAUCAGAAAUUAUUAUUAAUAAGAAUGUAAAUAAAUACUCUCAGGAUGAUAAUAGUCAUAAUCAAUAUUUUCAUAAUGAUAUACAUCAUUGUCAUAUUCGUUCCAAAAGUGCUUCUUCAUAUGAAAAUAAGAAUGAUACAGAGUAUCCACUAUCUGCUUUAAAUAAGUUUGAUAAUGAUUUGAAAAAUAUUAAUAAUCUUGAUUUGGAAAAUAAAUAUGAUAAAAGUGUGCAGAAAAUACUUUAUGACAAAAGCUAUCAUACAUUACGUAAUAUAAGUAUAGAAGAUAAUGCUAGAUGUAACUUAUCAAACAAAAUUCUCUUAGAAAAUUAUAAUGAAAAAAAAAAGAAUAAGAACUAUCAGCUUUUUGAAUCUGUAGAUAUAAAAAAUGAACUUUCAAAUACUGCUCAUUCAAAAAUUAAUGCAAAUAUGAAAGAUGAGAAUUUGUUAGAAACAAUAAAUACUGAAAGUAUGAAUAAUUUUAAUGAAAAAAACAUAGAGAGACAUGUAAAGUCUCAAGAAAAUAUAAAAUUCCCAGAAACAUUUAACACUUUGUCUACUGAUUUUUGUGAAGAUAGUACUAUUUAUAAAAGUCUUCAAACUGUAAAAAAUUCUAUGAUUAGUCCAAAUAUAUUACCAAGUUACAUAGAUAAUGUUAGUAAUAGAGCCAUAUGUAAUGAUGACACAUGCUUUGACAAUGAGGAAGAAGAUAUUUUAAAUUUUUCUUGUAUUAAUGAGUUUCAUGAAAGUGAUAUAAUUUCAUCUACAAAGCAGAAUAAUUUAGAAGAUGUAUAA